AUGCCCAGCAUCUCGAUAAACUUCUGGUGUUUCGCCUUCUUCAAUAGCUUCGUCAACCCGUCUGCUGCCAUCAACAUGCCGCUGAUGUGUUUGACAUCUAUACAAGCCUUUUUCUUGGUCACCAACUGGAUCCUCAUCGUCAUCAUCGCUGCCUCCAUUGCCAACAUUUUCUUCGUUGUUUCCUGCAUUACUCUGUUCUUGAGAAUUGUCGCGUUGAUCUUCCAACAAAUUCCAGCCUGGAGGAUUGGCAUUGUCAACUUUGUCCGUCUUAGUAGGUAUUUUGAUGGUGAUCUCAAGAGGUUUAGGUUCAGCAAUGUCCUUGCGUUCCUCAAACUUCACAAGUGGAAGAUCCUUCAGUGA